AUAAUGUUGGAGGGAUUUGUUGAAGCUAAUUGAGUGGUUUCAAACAUAAACCGACAAAAUUCUCACAUUCAGUACAGAAUAAUUUUGUUGCGCAUAAGAAUAAUUGUGGCCCCUGCCCCCAAAAUACGCGGCAGUGGAAAUACACACGCCCACAAAAGAAAACGCCUACUUCUUUGAGUUCCCGCAUGAAUCUGAUUAAUAUCGUUUAAUAAUCUAUACUAACUCUAUUGUUCGAACCAGAAUUACUUUUCAUGUGAAUUUGUAAGCGAUCGCUCACAUAUUUUGAUCCCACUUCUAGCUACAUCACGGCGCAGGGAAUCUGGUUGUAGCUGCAUUGUUGAAGUUCGAUUUUGUGGAUGCCACAUGUUUCGUUACUACUGUUAGCUAGCUAACGCUAGCUAGCUUGGAGUUUUUUUCUUUUUACGUCGCUGGCGGUCCUAACCCACUGUUCCUACACUGGAAAUAUUGAAUUAACAUAGAGGUCAGAUGGAGAAGCCUCCCCUGCCCAAUGACGAUUACGCGGCGGUGACACCAGAGACUCAGCUGGGCAGCUUGGCUGGCGAGGAUAGUCAGGAGGGUGUAGUGGAGCCCCCCGCCCGGGAUGGGUGGGACAGUAAAGUGGAGUAUUUCCUGGCUCAGGUGGGGUUCAGCGUUGGCCUGGGCAACGUGUGGAGGUUCCCCUACCUCUGCCAUCAAAAUGGAGGAGGGGCCUUUCUCCUCUUGUAUGUGCUGCUCAUGAUCCUUGUGGGCAUUCCCCUGUUCUUCCUGGAGCUGGCAGCUGGUCAGUCCAUCCGGCAGGGCAGCAUCGGAGUGUGGAAGCACAUCUCUCCCAAGCUGGCGGGGAUCGGCUACUCCAGCUGUGUGGUGUGUUUUUUUGUUGCGCUCUACUACAACGUGAUCAUCAGCUGGAGCCUUUUCUACUUAGGAAACUCAUUUCAGUAUCCACUACCUUGGCAAGAGUGUCCUGAAUACGGUAACAUAACUGUGAAGGAAUGUGUGGCCAGCAGUCCUACCACCUACUUCUGGUUCCGGGAGGCUCUUAACAUCACCGACUCCAUCAGCGAGACGGGCGAGUUUAACCCUGUCAUCACCUGCUGCCUGCUGGCCGCCUGGACCAUCGUCUGCUUGGGCAUGUUCAAGGGCAUCAAAUCCUCUGCCAAGGUGAUGUAUUUCUCCUCGGUCUUCCCCUAUGUGGUGCUGCUGUGUUUCCUCAUCAGAGGGCUGAUGCUGAAAGGGGCUGCAGAGGGCAUCAAGUACAUGUUCUACCCUAAGCUGGAGAUCUGGGGCGAGGUGCAGGUGUGGCGCCAGGCGGCAACGCAGGUUUUUUUCGCCCUGGGCCUGGGCUUUGGCUCGGUCAUCGCCUAUUCCUCCUACAACCCACGCAGCAACAACUGCCACCGCGACGCCCUCACUGUCUCCACCAUCAACUUUCUCACCUCUGUCCUCGCCACGCUGGUGGUGUUCGCCGUGCUGGGUUUCCGCGCCAGGGAAGUCGCAUUGAGCUGCGUGACUCAUAACUUGGAGAAGCUGUCGGAGCAGUUCUCAGUGGGCCCUCUUGACCGGGACCUGCUGCCCGUGAUCAACAUCUCUGACCCCAGCUCGGACCCCCUGGAGGCCUACAGGGACUGGUUCAAGGUUCACGGAGCCAAGGUCCCUGGCAACCUCACCGACUGCAGCCUGGAGAAUGAGAUGAACAAAGGUGUGGAGGGCACAGGGCUGGCGUUCAUAGCCUUCACAGAGGCCAUGACUCUGUUCCCGGGCAGUCCCUUCUGGUCAGCCCUGUUCUUCCUCAUGCUGCUCAACCUGGGUCUUAGCACCAUGUUUGGCACCAUGGAGGGCAUCCUCACACCCCUCACCGACAACUUCAAAGUGCUGAAGCGCCACAAGACCAUACUCACAGUGUGUAGCUGCAUCAUCGGCUUCCUGAUUGGCAUGCUGUUCACGCAGCGCUGUGGGAACUACUUUGUGAUGAUGUUUGACGACUACUCCGCCACCCUGCCCCUCAUCAUCGUGGUGGUGUUUGAGUGUUUCAGCGUGUCCUGGGUGUACGGUGCUGACCGGUUCCUUGAUGACAUAGAGAAGAUGCUGCACUGGCGCCCUCCUGUGGUCUAUAAGUACCUGUGGAAGUAUGUGUGUCUGCUGGCCAUGCUGGGACUGCUGGGAGCCAGCUUGCUAAAGAUGUGCUUCAAACGGCCCACCUACACUGCCUGGAACAGAGAAACGGCCUCAGAGGUGACUCUGGACUACCCUGACUGGGCCCUGGGUGUCUUGGCUGUUUUGAUCAUAUUCGCCACGUUGCCUGUUCCCCUGGGCUACAUCCACUCCACCCUGAGGAACAGAGCUAGACGCAACUCCAUAGGAAGUGGCCUGGGAACCGACAUGGGGGGCGUAUACACUAAGUGCAGCACCGUAGAGUGUGACACCCCCGUAGCCGCCCUAUUGGACGAACACCUGGAAAGGAAUAGAAUACCUAAUGAUUCUCCCUCGCCAUUGGCCGAGGAGAACCUCCGGCUCCUCCCACAGAGGGAAGGGGAAGAAGAUAUAGAGGAUUCAACUAGCGUGUGAGGGGGAGGAAACAAGGAGAAAACAGAAGGACUAAAAGAGGGAAAUAUGAGCUGCUAGUUGGCUUGAUGUCAGAUGUUACAUCAUGGUACCAUGAAAGAAUGUAUACUGAGACGUAUACAUUGAAAAAUAUUUUAAAGAUCAAAUUACUAUUUUUAAAAGAUCCUCUGCUUUCAGAUGUUCUCUAUUUUAAAUAAUAUGAAUGUAGCCAUGUUGGGUUACAUUUCAUUUUUUAUGCUAUAGUCCAGAGAGGUGAAAAACUGCUUGUCAGUAAAAUCCCUAAGGCUCAAACUGUUGUUCAUAAGUGAGGAGAUAUGUGUUGCCAAGACGUUGCCUCAAAUGUUCAAAGCUACAACCCACCUAAGGUGUUUUUCCACACCACUGUACUUGGUUACGUACAGAUAAGGCUCAUGAUAUGGGGCGGCAAAGAACUCUUAAGGACUGGAAUAUUCCCUCCCACCACAGGUUGGGCGAAAAAGAAUAGUUCCACCGUACGAUUGUGUUUCAAAGCGAAAGCAGUUACACAGACCGCCUCUGUAACAUGUCCUGCAAAUAUGUGUUGAGGUAACUUGAAUGCGGAUGCAAAAGCGGUGACAAAAUAUUUUCCUGUUUGCCUUCAGUAAUAAUUCCCAUACAGGACAGAAGUCAUCCACGCACUUGAAAAAUGGCAAGUGUUUGUUUUAACCUAAAUGUUAACGAUCCUUGCCAAAUUGUAUAUUGUGCCACUUUGUUGGUAAUAUGUAAUUUGUCCUGCUUUUCACUUUGAAACACAAUCAAUGGAACUAUACUUUUCCGCCCAACCUGUGGUGGAAGGGAAUAUUCCAGUCCUUAAGAGUUCUUUACCACCCCAUAUCAUGAGCCUUAUCUGUACGUAACCAAGUAUUGGAUGUUAAACAUAAGUGGUGUGGGAAAACACGAGGUGGGUUGCAGGUUUGAAGGUUUGGCAACACAUCUCACUUAUAAACAACAGUUUGAGCCUUAGGGAUUUUAUUGACAAAGCACAAUGGUAGUAAGGUGCCAGUAUCAAUUUGAUCAGUAUAGGAGCACGAGCACCUGUUUGUGAAGUUGGAAAAUGGAUCUCCGCACACUCAGGAUCAAUACACAAUUUCCAAUUUCUUUAGGCUGCGCUUUUAGUCGUCAGACAUUUAUCAGAGCAUGAAUGAUUUCUUUACACACAUGGUUACAAUUUAGCUUCCUUUUACUUGAGCCUAUUGGUUUUGAUUCAGUUUAAUGUAAGUGAAAUGUUUCAAAGUGGCUCCGUAUCCUCAAUACUGUAUUUUGUCUGUUGAUGAGGAUAUGAGCCAUGAACUUGACAUAGUGAGGUCCAAUAGUAUUUGGACAGUGACAAUUUUGUUGUUUUGGCUCUGUACUCCAGCAGUUUGACAAUGUCUAUGGGGUUAAAGUGCAGACUGUCAGAUUUAAUUUGUGGGUAUUUUGAUCCAUAUUAGGUGAACCAUUUUUGUACCUAGUCCCCCCCCAAAGUAUAGGGACAAAUCAACUUGUGUAUUAAAGUAGUCAAACGUUCAAUAUUUGGUCCCAUAUUCCUAGCAUGCAAUGACUACAUCAAGCUUGUGACUACAAACUUGCUGGAUGCAUUUGCAGUUUGUUCUGGUGUGUUUCAGAUUAUUUUGUCCCCAAUAUAAAUUAAUGGUGAAUAAUGUAUUGUCAUUUGAGUCACAUAUGUAAAUUAGAAUUUCUGAACACUUCCACUUGAAUCAGUCCCUCUAGGAUUUAGUGGGUCUCUGAAAUGCUACUGUCCAAAUAUUUUGAACAUCGCUGUACAUUCCACUUUACUUUGAUGGAAUUUGAUGGCAAGUAUUUUUUAUUUUUUUACAUUCACAUUGUUAAGAUACACUUUCUCAAAGUACUAUUUAUACAAAUGUGUAAUAUAAUGCAAGUACUACUUUUAAUGUUUCUGCCAUAUUUUUUAAAAGUUAUCCUUAGUGUAUGUGUUUUUUAAAUUACAAAAAGAAAAGCAUCAGGCUAGAAUUAUGGUAGACUUUUCUGACUUGUGCUUGUAUUUGAAAUGUUUGUUGCCUUAAAGCACAGGUGUCAAACUCAUUCCACGGAGGGCCGAGUGUUUGCAGGUUUUUGCUCCUUCCUUCUUUUUGAUUAAUGAAUUAAGGAACUCCCCACACCUAGUUGUGUAGGGCUUAAUUGAAAGGAACAACCAAAAACCUAGACACUAGGUCCUCCAAGGUUGAUUUGACACCCUUGCCUUAGUGUCUAUCUGCAGUUGCCAUAAAUGUUGGGAUUUAAUAAAUUAAUGACUUGGGUUCUAA